AGUGUUAACUAAUACUAUUUCACCAACCAACACUCUAAACCAUCUCUUUCUUCUUCAUCAGUGAACGUUUUGUACACACAUUCCAUCUCUGACAGCGUUCAACGACGAAAAUUUCGCACGUGUUCUCUCCAGUUUUCUUAUUAGAUUAGUUGCACCAAAACAGAUAUUUACUUAACCACGAUGGGUUUCGAUCGAGAAUUGAAAGUUUUCGAAAUGGAAUUAAGUAGAACUUCGGAUAGAAUAUUUAAUGACAAUCGAAGCUGGACGCAUUUCCAUCUUCAAAAAAAUAUCAACAAACUCCGUUCGCAGGCACAGAAUGGCAACUCCUUGGGCAAUACUGGUUAUUUGGACUUUGAUAGUCCACCGGAAUCACAUUGUAAUGGAAUGGACAUGCAAUCAGUUGGGAACUUGUUGCCAUCCCCAGACGGUUACCCGGACAUGGAACUGAACAAGUAUUUGAAUUUUGAUUCGAAUGUUGCAGCUAAUCGAAGAGACAGUUUGGAAUCCAAGCGUGGUCAGAGUCUGGACGACUUUUUCCAGGACUUUCAAGAAAUUAUCGCAUCUGAGAUGAAACCAAUAACAUCAUCAACAAUCACAUCAACGUCAACGUCGUACGACCAAGAGCGUACCAGCACUUCGACGAACAUUAUAUCAUACGGCGAUCCAUCGGCCGCAUUCAAUUCAACCAUAUCAGGGGUUGAUUUCAGUCUGGAUCUGACCCAGUUUUAUAUCAACUCAAACGAAGCUGAGUUCCUCAAUGCAGACGAAUUAAAAACUGACUUUUCUGAUGGAUUGAUUCCAUUUCAAUCGUCUCAAUUCACCUACCAGGAUAAAACUGUCGAUGAUAACCAAGAAUUUUCUGUGAUCGAUCUAUCCACUGGUAACACGGAAAUUUACGGAAAGUCUGCAGAAACUUCAGCUGGUACUCUAGAUGAGGCAGUGGACAAUAAUAUCGUGGAGUUUUCUGCAACGGAUAAUUUUGAUCAACCGAAAAAAUUGACAGACUACACAGACACAAAGAUAUCGGUCAGUACGCCAUUAAAUCAAUUCUAUUUGGACUUUAAGUUGAAUGGGGAAACAUCGGGUCCAUCGGAUGCUGGCAAUUCAAUUGUGACGUACAUCAGCAAAGAUGCUCUGCAGAGUGUCGAAUAUAUCAAUGAAAGUGGGCAAACCGAAACUGUAAUGUAUGUGGAUCAGCAGUCCGACGAAAAGAACGGCAGUGUUACUCAAUACGAAAUCAUUAACUUCGAGGAUUAUCAAUACCAAACAGAAAAUGGUGAUCAACAGCAGUUUACCAGUAACAGUGAACUGAUUCCGGAAAUCAGUUCAGUGCCACAUUAUGGAGACAAUGUGGACUCUAGUCCCCAACUGGACAUACUGUCGACGCUAUUGUCGGACAAAAGUAACAAAAUUAUGAUAAUAUCCAAACCCUUGCGAAAUCCAAAGGUAAGGCAAUCGUGCGACGAAUUUUAUCAAAAAUUCCAAGAAAUCGACGCCAAUCCAACGAACAUAUCAUUUGCACAGCAGCCUAAGGCGAAGGGCUGCCGAAAGCAGAAAUUUGAGACAAUUACUCAGGUCGACGUAGAGGUCGUCGAACCGAAACCAUGUCCAUCGAACAAAAAGAUUUCAGCAACGCCUGCAAUACCGGAUAUGACUACUAUUCCGGAAACGCCAAAACUGCCGUCCAGAUUUAUGAGAGAUCGGCGAAGUACAUCGGACGUGAAACGAAAACGGCCAAGGAGACUCUUUUGGGAUAGUGAAAGUGACUGUGAGAAUGGUGCACGACCAAUCAAAAAAUCAAAGAAAAAUUGUUAGAUAGACUUAUCGAGAAAAUACAAAGCGAUUCUUGUAUAUAAAUGAUAAUAGAUCAGUAAAACGAGUUUUUGCAUGGACCAACGAA